AUUGAAUAUUAAGAUUUAAGAUAUAAGAUACAUUUCCCCCCCGCCCCAUCUAUGUAUCUAGUUAUAUGUUUAUGGCCCAUUUUGGUCAAAUGGUUGCCAGGAGCGGGAAAUAAACAAGGCAACUAAAAUAAACUAAACACAUACACAUGAAAACAAUAUUUAGCCAAGGCAACCAACCAUAAUGAAAGUAUUUUCUUCUUUUGCCAGUUAUCUCUUUAAUCUCAGUCUCGAAUAAUGACGCUACAAUUGCCCAUUUGCACUCAGGAGGAUCUCAAUGAGGUGCUUAAGCUACGGAAACGUCAACAAUUUGAGGAGGAGCGCAAGAAACGAAUCUUUAAUACCAAACAACGCAUAUUCGGAUUGGAUGUGGACACUUUGGAACAUCAGAUUUUGGAGAAAAAACAAGAGCAAAAUGUCCAAGUGAAAUGGCAUAAAAGCUACGAUGAACUGGAACAGUUGCAAAGGACAUUAAUUAGCGCCAAAGAAAAGGAACAGCAAGAGGAGAAACGUCUGGCCGUAUUCAAUUUGAAUUAUUAUCGUUCACGUUUUCAACGCAAGGAUCAGAGGCGGGAAUUUGAUUUGAAUGAUCCUGAUUCCCUGAAGAAGGCAUUACCUUCGCGGGUGGCUGAUGAUGAUGUACGAUUGGGUAUUUCCAGCGCCCAAGUGUUCUCUGGUGAGGAUCUAUUUAAUCAAGAUCGCAAGCAGCGUCAAAAAUUGCAGCAACGUGCCUGGCUGGAUCAGCAGGUGAGAGAGAGUAAGGCGGCCGAGGAGGCUCGUCGCCUGGCUGACAGUCUCAUGAUGGAGAAAAUAAAUUCUAGGGAAAUGCAUCUCGAAGAGAUGGCCAAAUCGCAGCAUUUGAUGCGCCAUCAAAUAGUCCAGAGAACACGUCAAUAUAAUGCCAAUUUGGCCAAGCAGAAGGAAGUGAAUCGUGAACGUGUCAAACGUGAGACUAACGAAGACGAUAUGGCCGAGAUCUAUAAUAUGCUAUCAAGUGAUAUUCUCACUGAAAACCUGGCUGUGGCCCAAUCAUGUACUGAUCCCAAUCGAAAAAUUCCCUUUAUGUAUCGUGGCAUGAGUGACGAAGAGUUGAAAUCCUUUCGCAAGGAUCAGGAGCAACAAUUGGCCGAUAUGCAGCAACGCAAAACGGAAGCCCAACUCGUGGAUAAACAAUGGGAGAAUCAUGCCAUCAAUUUGGAUCGCACUCUAGUCCGCAAGCAGAUCGAAGUGGAUCGUCGGCGUGAGGCUCAGCUGGAGGAGCUGCGUCGUGCCAAUGCCCAGUUGGCUUUGCAUCAGAUUAAUCAACGCAAGGAAUCUUUAAUUCUACCAACAAAUCCAGUAACUGAAGAGUUCUAUGAUCAAUUUAACAAGACUUCACGUUAAU